AAAGCUAAUCAGUAAAGUCAAGAAUCGAGAUCGCUCAAUUUCUCUGGUUUCGCAGAUAGCAAUGGCCUCAAAGGACAAGAAACCCUCGAAACCCCGAGCCGGAGGCAUCCGUACACUUUCCGAUCUGAACCGGAGGUCCGCCGACUCCGACAGCGACUCCGAUGCUCCCCAGGAGUAUUACACCGGCGGCGAGAAAAGUGGAAUGCUCGUACAGGAUCCUACGAAAGGCAAUGAUGUGGAUUCGAUCUUUGAUCAAGCUAGGGAAUUGGGAGCGGUGGAGGGACCGAUUGAUCCUUCUUCUGCAUCCUCAAGCUCGAGGAGCUUUGCUGGAACCGGUAGAUUACUAUCGGGGGAGACUAUACAGUCUGCUCCACAGCAGCCCGAGACUGUUGUUCAUAACAUCAUUUUCUGGUCCGAUGGUUUCAGUGUAAAUGAUGGCCCGUUGAGGCGGUUGGACGAUCCUGAAAAUGCACCGUUCUUAGAGAGCAUCCGAAAGUCUGAAUGUCCAAGGGAGUUGGAACCAGAAGAUAGAAGUACUGCAGUUCAUGUCAAUCUUAUAAGGCGGAACGAGAAAUACCCGGAAGCGGUGAAGCGUCAAGUUGCAUUUCAGGGUGUUGGAAGAACUCUAGGUAGCAGCUCUGCACCAGUGGCAUCUGAGCCAAACGCUUCAUCAACUCCUCCAAGUACUGGUCCAACUCCAUCCCUGGGCCUAGUUGUGGAUGAAAGUUUGCCAUCCACAUCAGUUCAGCUUAGGUUAGCUGAUGGCACCCGCAUGAUUGCACAAUUUAACUACCAUCACACCAUCAGUGACAUACGCACCUUUGUCAACACAUCUAGGCCCGAGAGUCCGAGUAAUUAUCAGUUGCAGGUGAUGGGGUUCCCUCCCAAAAUCCUCAAUGAUCCGACUCAAACAAUAGAACUGGCAGGUCUUGCCAAUUCGGUUGUGAUCCAGAAAUUCUAGUCAGCUGCUCCUUUAUAUUUUAUUCUGGUUGAUCUUUAUAUGUGCAAGGUAUUAAGAGGGUGAACUUAUACUUUUGGAGUUUCAGUGCACAUGUACAAUGUUCGGCAAGAAGGUUGAUUCUAUACAAUAAAAUUUGAAAAAAGUUUUUUUUA